ACAUUUUUUUUUUCUUUAAAAAAAAAAAACCUUUUAUUUUUCUUCCUCUGUUUUUUCAAGAAACACACAAAAAAAAAUACAAUUUUUUUUUUCAAAUAUUCAAGAAUGAAUAUUUCAGGUUCUGAAUGUAGCAGUGGUUGUGAAUCUGGAUGGACAAUGUACUUAGAUCAAUUUUCAGCAGAUCAAUACAACAAUAACAGAAGAGAUAUUAGCCAUAAUAAUAAUAAUAAUAAUAAUAUUCCUCCAUAUGGUAUUAAUUAUAAAACAGAGUAUGUUAAUGAUGAUGAAGAAGAAGAAGAUGAAGAUAUGUCUAUGGUUUCUGAUGCCUCUUCUGGUCCACCACAUUUUCAUGAAGAUUAUUGUUUUGAUGAAAAUGGAUAUAUUUUUUAUCCAUCUGCUUCUCAAAACACUCAAAAAAAUAAAGAAAAGAGGAAAAUUAAUGAACAAAAAGUCAAAAAACAGAGUAUUUAUCUUGAUGACACUGCUAGUUCUCCUUUUUCUAAUUUCCCUAAGGAUGAAAGAUGUUAUAAUGAUAGAACUUCCAUGGAGAUGGUAACUGGUUUCUCUAAAACACAUUCAAAGGGUAAAUCUGUUUUGGGAAAGCAUUUUGGAUUCUUGAAAACAUCUGUGAGUGGAAGAACUUCAUCAGAAAAAUCUAGUGGAUUGAAGGGAAGAAAGAGGCAAUAAGAAUUGGCAAAAAAGUAUAUUUUUUUCAGUGUCUGCAAGCAGCAGUUGAAGAGAGUAAAAGAUUUGAUGUUUGAGGGGUGAAUAGGGGGGGCAUGAAAAAAAUGGAAAAAAAAACUUUAGAUUUUUGAGGAUCUUAUUUUUAUCCUCUUUUUUUUAAAAUUUUUUUUUUAUCUUCCUAGUUAUUUUUCCUGUCUAUGUAGUGGGAAACAACAGAAAAACAUAAAUGUCAAAAAAAAAAAAUUAUUUUAUUAUCUCUUUCCCACACCAAACAGAAGUCAGGAGAAAAAAUAAUUAAUAUUUAGUCCAUAAUAUUCAUUU